AUGGUGCAGAAGAAACUGGGAAACAUCACACAAGGCAACAUGCAGCCUCCCUUUGGCUUUCUGUUUGAUAUUGACGGGGUAUUGGUACGAGGAAAGACGCCGAUUCCUGUUGCAAGGAAAGCCUUUCAAAAACUGCUUAAUUCUCAGAAACAGUUCUUGGUUCCUGUUGUAUUUGUCACUAAUGCAGGAAACUGCCUUCGACAGAAGAAAGCAGACCAGCUAUCGCAUAUUCUGGGAGUGCCAAUUUCUCAAGACCAAGUCAUCAUGUCUCACAGCCCAUUACGGAUGUUCAAACGUUAUCAUGACAAAUGUGUUCUUGUGUCUGGACAAGGACCACUUCUUGACAUUGCUAAGCAUCUUGGAUUUCGUCAGCUUAUUACAAUUGACAGGCUGCGGGAAAUCUAUCCUUUAUUGGACAUGGUUGACCACGACAGAAGACCUAAAACUUUGCAUGCACCUGCUGUGGAACUUCCCAAGAUUGAGGCAAUUGUUUUGUUUGGUGAACCAGUCAGGUGGGAGACCAAUCUGCAGUUGAUAAUAGAUGUCCUUCUGACAAGCGGCUAUCCUGGGAAUCCAUAUUCACCUUCACCAUACCCACAUAUACCUGUGCUGGCUUGUAAUGUGGAUCUGAUGUGGUUGGCUGAAGCCCAGUCUCCAAGGUUUGGUCAUGGAACAUUCAUGGUUUGCUUGGAAAACAUUUACAAAAAGAUCACUGGCAAAGAAUUGAGAUAUGAGGCUUUAAUCGGAAAGCCUAGUGAAGUGACCUAUCACUAUGCAGAGUACCUGAUCAGAACACAAGCAGCCGCAAAGCAAUGGGAAAAGCCUAUUCGGACUUUGUAUGCCAUUGGGGAUAACUUAAUGACAGAUAUCUAUGGUGCUAAUCUUUACAACCGCUACCUUGAAGAGAACUCCAGAAGAGGUUCCAAGGCACGUGUCCAGGCCAAAGCAGCAGGUGGCACAGGAUCCACUACAGUUUCUCAGGAAGAUGAAAUUGAUAACCCUUGGGAAAGCGAAUUGGCGUCUGCUACUGCUACCAGCUGCAGGUCUGUCCUUGUUUGCACUGGGGUUUCCAACCCUCACACAGAGGUGCCCUCUGAUACCAAGGAGAGCAUAACCGAGACUGUGUUCCAUGGGCAUCGAGAUUUCAGGUUUGAUCCUGCUUUAGUAGAACCUGAUCAUGUUGUGCCAGAUGUUGAUGCUGCUGUUGACCUAAUCUUCCAACUAGAGAACUUUCCACCAAAUGAAAAUCACAGGACUCCCUAAUAACUUCCUUAACAUGGUUUUCUCCUUUAAAAAGGA